AUGUUAUACAUGAACACCCACGGUCUUUUCUAUACAGUGCUUAUGGCUUUCGCCAUCACUAAUACCAUUGCCUCCCGUGAUAGUGAUUCUUACGUUGGUGCUCAUAAUGCGAAGCGUAAGCUGCAUAAGAGUACUUUGCCUUUGCAAUACGACGCUCACCUCGAGUCCUCUGCCAAGGCUCACACGGAUCAAUGCCUGUUUAGCCUGUUAGAGCAGCACGAAGAUAUUGGAGAAAAUUUGGCUAGAGGAUUCUCAACAUGGAAUUCUGCCGUUGAUGCUUGGUAUGCAGGAAUACAAUACUAUGAUCCACAUCGUCCAAUGGACAAUGCUACAAAAACAAACCGAUUUACGCAAGUUGUAUGGAAGGCCACUAAGAAAGUUGGUUGCUCUAAGAACACAGCGUGCAUCAAUGGCACUUUGAUAGUGUGUUAUUAUAGUCCAUCUGGAAACUGGAUUGGAGAGUAUACUAAAAAUGUUAUGCCGCUCAUUCGACACAAACCGGAACAGCCUCAGCACACCAUGGUCAUUCUGUAG